UCAUACCAAUUUGUAAACAAAAAGUGGAAAUGUUCCUUGUCUCCUGUCAAAAUCAUGUGGAAAUGUCAUAAAUGUGGGAAACCAGUGUAUUUUGCGGAAAGGAAACAAUCACUUGGAUACAACUGGCAUCCAGAAUGUCUUAGAUGUGAGGAAUGUGGGAAGCGUUUAAACCCAGGACAGCAUGCUGAGCAUAAAGGAGUGCCAUACUGUCAUGUGCCAUGCUAUGGAGCCUUAUUUGGGCCUCAGUUGUUCGGUCAUGGAACCAGAGUUGAGUCGCAUACUAGCUUCGGAAAAGUUGAAAAUAAAGCUGCCACACCAAAUAUGCCAAGGGCGCAUUUGGAAACAAAACUAAAACUUUUCAAUCAAUAUUAUGAUGGAAGAAGCGGAGAAAUUAGGAGCAGGGAGGUUAAUGGCAGGCUGGUUUUAGAGGGGACAUUACGCAUUUACUGGGGAGUCGUUAGCAUGAUCCACCUGAAAGAAGAUGAUGAUCAGCGAACAGUUGUUACCAUAAGAAAAAGGAACUCAGUACGCAGUGGGAUCUAUAAUGGUUAUGAUGUAAAUUCGGAAGUCUCUAAAAAUUCAAAUCAUGCUGAGCCACAAGCUCCAGAAGAAAAUUCUUCAACAGUCAAUCAUGCUGCCACUGAUGUAGUGGACGAAGCUGUGAAUAAUGCAGUUGAUAACUCAGUUGACAACUCAGUUGACAAGUCUGCUGAUAGUGAAUGUAAAUCUGUCACAUUGCCAUCAAAGCUGGAUAUCAAACAGAUUAACUGGGAUGAACUUGAUGAACUUUUGCAGGUGGAACGGCAGACGGAAGAUGGUGAUAAACUAUACCAAACAAUGCCUUCACCUUUACCAAGUAAGAUUAGCAGUUUGAAACAGGGAGAGAGCAACACUAAUGGUAAUGGAACAGAUGAUCUGAACAAAUCAUCUGAAACUACACCAUUGUCUGAUGAACACAAGAGCAGCGACAGGUAUUCAAAGAAUUUUGAAGACGACAUUGGAGAUACAGCAUUAGAUUCGAAUGAAACACCAGUCUCUCAGGAAAAUUUUAAUACCCUCACAGACUCAAGUGAUGAAGAAGACAUGAAUGAAUCAAAUCAAGAGGUUCACUCUGUUCGUCCAAUACGAGCAGGUUCUACAGCAAUUCGUAGGAGACCUGGUCGUAGACGGGCUGGGUUCCGUGCAAAACUGAAACGCAGGUGUUCAAUCAAUGGCCAUUUUUAUAACCGUGAAACUAGUUUUUUCACACCUCCUUUUGGUAGUCAGAUGUCUGUGUGGGUUACAUCACUCGUCUCAACCCAAGAAGUCAUCAAUUUGAUGUUAGACAAGUAUAAAGUUGACAGCAAGCCACAUAACUUUGCUUUAUUUGUAGUCCGAGACAAUGGAGAACAAAGAAGGCUGAAAGAUGAUGAAUACCCUUUACUGGUUCGUGUAAUGCUAGGCCCUCAUGAAGAGGUAGCAAAGUUAUACCUGAUGGACGCACAUACCACUGAUGAAAUAAGUUGCGAUGUUGCUCAGUUCUUAAAUUUAAGUUCUGUUGAAUGCACAGCAAUUCUUGCAAGAUAUUAUGCAGAGGAAAAAAGGGAAAUUGCUAAAAUUGAAGCCAAAUUUGCAGAAAUGAAACGGCGCAUGAAGCAGAGGAUGUCUCAGUUGAAAGUUCGAUUGUAACAGCAUCGUUAAGAGCAGUAAUGCCAAGAUCAGUUCAUUUCAUCCAGCACUUUGGAAUCCAAUGCCGUUCAAAGUUCACGAAAAUCUUUCUGAUUCCCACCGUGGAAUCUCAAGGAGCAUCGCCAACAUGGAUCGAAAUUUACCUCAUUGAAGAGUAGGAUGGUUUCUGAGCUUUUCCUUAGUUUAAGGUUUAAAUUCUAGAAAACUUAUUUAUUUAUUCAGUCGAUACUUAAAAGCAAGUGGGCAGCUAAGGGCUCACUUGUAUGUUAUCAUGACAAAAAAAUUUUAAAAUGCUCAUUUCCAUUCACUUCUUACAUUCUCUCUCCCUUCCAUUCAAAAAGUUGUGUCUUAAACCUCGGAUCAUCUGUUGAAGAGCUGAUGAAACCUAGUAUACAUGAGAGUCAUUCACCGAAUCCUGUGGCAAAGGACGCAGUAAAUACUCCUUUCAAAAUUGAGUUGUUUGAAAAAGUGGAGGGUCAAAAGAAUAAACUCCCAUUAAAGAAUAAUGAAGAUUGACGCUGCUUGUUUACUACCACUGAUUUCCAUGUAAAUCAGACAAAUUUUACAUAAUAUGAAAACUAAAAAAUCUCUGUAAUUGGUAAGCAAAACUAAUAUUUUUUAAUCCAUUGCUCUCUUCAUGUUUCCUUUAGAAAUAAUUUUAAUCAAAUCACAUUCCAAAAGGGAGAUUUUAAAAGUGUUCCACACAUUUAAACAUUAACUGAAGCUUGCUGUAAAUGUUAAGUCAUAUCGCCAACAUAAAUCCCAUAAAAUACUUCUCUUCAUAAUCAUAAAAUCAGAUUCUAGUCACAGAGGCAAUAAUAUGAGAAGCUUUUGUUUUGCCAUAAUAUUUAACUUUAUAAAAAUUUCAGUGCUCAAACGUUUCAUUGUUGUUCUUAUCAACCUAGUAAUAACAUAUUCAAGCAAAUUUAUUAAAAAACUUUAUAUAACAUGCUAAUAUGAUUACUUUCUGAUGUAAAAAACACCAGUUUUUCUGUAUUACUAAUUCUUUUUGUGUCCCAACUAAAAACAUUAUAGAUGUCUAGACUGCAAGCUUCAUUUCUGCGAUAUGUAACGCUUUUUGCCGAAAUAGGUAAUUCGGUACAUUCAUUGAUCAGUUGUUUUUUAAUGUUUUAAACUUAUUUUUUAGGUUCUGUUUGUAUUUAUGCUUCCAAAAAGAAAAUCAAUCAUUUUUCAAGCUGGGAAGAGUCAGUCGAAAAAAGGGCCUUUUUGUGCCCUUUUUGGGGGGACCGCGGGAUUUUGUUCAAAUGGGCCAAAACGAAACCUUAUGAUUAGACAAUCUUCCACUGAAAGUUUUAGCUUAAGUGCAAAACUCGUUUUAGCAAAUAAAGUGCUGAAAAGUGUGUCCUUUUUACUCAUGGCAGUAAACUGCAAGAGAGGAGCAGUUCAUCUAAAAAAAUUGAUGAACCGUGGAAAAAAUAGGACAUUUUUAAGGGAAAAUACACAAUUUACCAAAUUUUCACAUCUGUUGGUUGAGGAAAAAAAGCGAAUGCUAGAGAAUUCUCCAGAAGAAGGGGAAAGGCUGCAAAUCAUUCUUGGUCUUGGGCAACAAUAUGUUACAUUUACCCCUUGUAGAAGUUAAAAUUUCAUAAAACGGGUGCCAAAAAAUCUUCACUAUGUAUUGUUCAAUGGUGUAAUGAUAAAUUUUAUGACUCAUUCCGUUUCUUGUGAAUGUACAUCAUUUCAUUGCAAGUUUAGACUGGCAGUCAGAUGCCUAUUUUAUUCCUCUCCUCAUAUAUUUUCAUAUAAUAAAUCCCUAUCUUUUUUUACUCUUUUUGAAUGAUAAUUUUAUAAUUUUUUAUCUCAGUUUCUAUUUUACCAAAUUUUUUGUAGUGCUGUGUAUUUAAUGGUUUAAGUGCAUUAUUUUUUUAUUUAUGUAAUGUUUCUUUGUGCUAUUUUUUAUGCUUAACCAGUUUUUUUAAAAAAAAGAAAAACCACCAUUUUAACAAAUGAAUUGAUUGCAUAUAGAAUAAAAUUAAAUUUUCAAUCAA